CUGAUGAUGUGGAUGAGGGGCUUGUGGUUGAGAUUGAUGCUCCUAAGCUUGAGUUUUUGAGGGUUGGUGAUCAUCUUGUUGGUAGUUUUGUACUCAAGAAUUUAGAUUCUCUUGUUGAAGCGGAUAUUGAUACUGUGUUUAGCUUUAAUUAUGAUAAGAUUUUCGAUCCAAGUGAUGUACAAAAGAGGAAGGUGAUUCGUGAUUUUCUUGUUGGGAUCUCUAACGUUAAAGAUAUGACCAUUGCCUCCAGUACUCUUGAGGUCAUUUAUGAUUACUCAAGAUGUGAAGCACUACCUUUAUUCCGUAACCUAACGUUCUUGCGUGUUGAGUUCUACGGAUACAGGUGGGAGAUGUUGCCUGUCUUUCUUGAGAGAUGUCCGAAUCUUAAGUCUCUUGUCGUGGGAUCUAUUAGAGGUCGGGAGAAGGAAGGAGUUAAUAUAUUGUUGGAAUCUCAGUGUUUCCUGUCAUCUCUAGAGUAUGUUAAGAUAGAAAGGCCAUUGAAAGGGGAAGUGAUGGAGAUGAAGCUAGUGAGUUACUUGCUUGAGAACUCGACGAUCCUCAAGAAACUUACCUUAUUCUUGGAUGGUUCAAGAGAGAGAGAAGAAUCUGACAUUCUCAAAGAACUCCUUACCAUUCCAAGACGCUCUAGCUCAUGCCAAGUUGUUGUUCUCUGAUGAUCAUCACCAAUGGAGCAUACAAGUUUCUUUGAGUACUUAGCUAACAUAUGAAUUAUUUGUUUGUCUUUAUGAUGACACUGAAGUGUUUAACUUCGUAAGAGAAUCAGGUUGUUGGGUCAAAU